AUGAUGAUGAUGAUGAUGAUGAUGAUGAUGAUGAUGAUGAUGAUGAUGAUGAUGAUGAUGAUGAUGAUGAUGAUGAUGAUGAUGAUGAUGAUGAUGAUGAUGAUGAUGAUGAUGAUGAUGAUGAUGAUGAUGAUGAUGAUGAUGAUGAUGAUGAUGAUGAUGAUGAUGAUGAUGAUGAUGAUGAUGAUGAUGAUGAUGAUGAUGAUGAUGAUGAUGAUGAUGAUGAUGAUGAUGAUGAUGAUGAUGAUGAUGAUGAUGAUGAUGAUGAUGAUGAUGAUGAUGAUGAUGAUGAUGAUGAUGAUGAUGAUGAUGAUGAUGAUGAUGAUGAUGAUGAUGAUGAUGAUGAUGAUGAUGAUGAUGAUGAUGAUGAUGAUGAUGAUGAUGAUGAUGAUGAUGAUGAUGAUGAUGAUGAUGAUGAUGAUGAUGAUGAUGAUGAUGAUGAUGAUGAUGAUGAUGAUGAUGAUGAUGAUGAUGAUGAUGAUGAUGAUGAUGAUGAUGAUGAUGAUGAUGAUGAUGAUGAUGAUGAUGAUGAUGAUGAUGAUGAUGAUGAUGAUGAUGAUGAUGAUGAUGAUGAUGAUGAUGAUGAUGAUGAUGAUGAUUGAGGAAUGAUUUUUGGUAAAAUGGUUCUCUUAGAUGGGUGGUCUUGUCAAAUUCAAUGUCGACAGAAUAAGAGUCUAUUUAGUUAUAGAAGAAUUUUCAUAACUCAUUACUUUCCGAAAUUUAUGCUAAUGAUGCUGAGUAGAAUGAUAAUGAAAGCUUGCCGUUUAAACUACCCAGUUACACAUUCAACAAUAUUGAUUCUUUUUACAAUUAGUUAAAAAAAUGGACUUAUC